AUAGUUCAGAAUGGAACAAGAGAGUUUUAAAGCCAGCGAACGACUUGUCACUCCGGCGUAUAUACGGCAGGGCAGAGAGGCCAGGCGCAUGCACGAACAGCUUGUGAGGCAGUUAGUGGAACAGGGUAAAUGUCCUAAAGAGCCGUGGGAUGAAAGCACCAUUGAAAUCUUCCUCAAGGAACUUGCAGUCAUGGACAGCAAUAAUUUCCUAGGCAACUGCGGUGUCGGAGAGAGAGAAGGGAGAGUGGCCUCUGGAAUGGUUUCCCGUCGACACUAUCGGCUGAUCCAUGGGAUUGGACGAUCAGGAGAUAUUGCAGCCAUCCAGCCAAAGGCUGCGGGCUCGAGUGUUCUAAAUAAGCUUACAAACUCAAUGGUGCUGGAUAUUAUAAGAUUAGCUGGUGUGCGAACAGCUAGCAGUUGUUUUGUUGUACCCAUGGCAACUGGGAUGAGCUUAACCCUUUGCUUCCUUACGCUUCGGCAUGAGAGACCAAAGGCAAAAUACAUAAUCUGGCCGAGAAUAGAUCAGAAAUCCUGUUUCAAAUCUAUGAUCACAGCAGGUUUUGAGCCUGUGGUGAUAGAGAAUGUGCUGGAAGGAGAUGAACUGCGAACAGACCUUAAUGCUGUAGAAUCCAAAAUUACGGAACUUGGAGCUGAAAAUAUCCUGUGUGUACACUCUACAACUUCCUGCUUUGCCCCAAGAGUGCCCGACCGGCUGGAAGAAUUGGCGGUGAUGUGUCAGAAGUAUGAAAUCCCACAUAUUGUGAACAAUGCUUAUGGUGUUCAGUCCUCAAAAUGUAUGCAUCUUAUCCAACAGGGUGCCCGCGUUGGUAGAAUCGAUGCUUUUGUGCAGAGUUUGGACAAGAAUUUUAUGGUUCCAGUAGGUGGAGCUGUUAUCGCUGGUUUCAGUGAUUCAUUUGUGCAAGAAAUUAGCAAAAUGUACCCAGGAAGAGCAUCUGCCUCUCCAUCAUUGGACGUCCUCAUAACACUGCUGUCACUUGGCGCGAGUGGAUAUAAUAAGCUCUUGAAAGAAAGAAAGGAAAUGUUUGUGUACCUGUCCAACGAACUGAAGAAAUUGGCCAAAGAUACAAAUGAGCGGCUGCUGGAAACCCCACACAACCCUAUCUCAUUGGCACUCUCCUUAUCCUCUCUCAGUGAGCAGAGCGGCAGUGCUGUUACACAGUUGGGAUCAAUGCUCUUUACAAGACAAGUGUCUGGAGCCAGGGUUGUGCCUCUUGGGACUUCACAGACAAUUAAUGGAUAUGUUUUUAAGGGUUUUAUGUCUCACAGCAAUAACUAUCCUUGCGCGUACCUGAAUGCAGCAUCUGCCAUCGGUAUUAAAAAGCAAGAUGUUGACAUGUUCAUCAAAAGGCUUGACAAGUGCCUGCGGCUCUGUAGAAAAGAGAAGCAUUUAGCGAAGGAUGAACCUAGAUCUGCUCAACAAACCACAGAAGAAGAUGUUGCUGAAUUAGCGCAAGACCUUGGAGACGUUUUACAAGCGGACGCUGCCUCUGAAGUGCUACUGAGCGGAUAAAUAUUGCACGUUGAUAUACAAGAUUUCAAAAAAACUGCAGUGCAGUUAAUUAGUUAAAUUAUAAUCAAAGUGGAAUACAUAGAAGAUAAUUAAUUCAUACAAUUUUAUGUAUGCCGAAAAAUGCACUAAAAAUACCUGACUUAAUUGUGAAAUCCAAAGUUUUUGCUCGUUACUUUCUUUCAUUUAGCUUUAUACCCUGUGCAACUGCCGGCUAGGUUGAAAAACCAAUUGAAAUCAGUCGGAUCAAACAGAUCAGCCUUUUCAGUCAGCUACGGGUAGUGUCGCAGGCCAAGAAUCCGUUCCUAUGACAAGAAUCGGUCCUAACCUUGCCUGACGUCAGAACCGCCAUCAGAAAUCGCCGGGUCCCAUACGACAAAAUUUCCUGGGCUGCACCCACUGCAAGCCCCACCUACAGGUCCACCCCCCACCACACAGUAAAAAAACAAAAAAAUAUUGGUGGCUAGGGUUCCCACAUGUUUAUAAAAAAUAAAAAGAUAUUGGUGGUCAGGGGCCCCCAUAAAAAAAACAUUUGUGGCCAGGCCCCCCCCUCCACAUUAUGAGAAAAUUGGUGGCCAGGGCCCCUUAAACGUCCAUGCCUUCCAGAAAUCAGCAGCUCUCAGAAAGAGCUAAUCGGCUAAUCAAGUAAGUGUGGCGUGGCCGGGCCCCCCUUACCCUCGGGGGCCCCCUACAACUCUCCCCCCAUGAUGGCUGCCCUGCCUGACGUAGAACUAUUGCGUUGGCCUGGGUGCAGGCAAACACAGGGGAUUUGCUUUUCAGCCCCGAAAUCCACUACGUGUAACUGAACCCAGUCUCACACAAUGGCUCCAGGUGCAGGCAAAGGAGGGGCUGAUUCUUGUCAUAGGAACAAACUCUCGGCCUAUGUUUAUGCAUGGGACUACGUUGCAGAGGAUCACUGGAUUUUACUGUGAUCCAAGUCGGUCAGAUCAGAAGGGAAAUGGAGCAUCAGUGCGCACAAAGUGUAAUGUGUAAUACUCAUGUGACACAACCAUGUUUGCUUUUAGCCGAAAAGUGUAUAACAGACUGACGUGCCUUUUGUUUUCUUUUUCACGUUUGCUAAUGUCCCAGUAAAUACUUUAUCUGAU